AUGUCUUCUGAAGCUGGUUCUUCUGCUGUUGCCUUCUCUUCCGACGUCUCCAAGGACAAGAAAGAGGUAACCCCAACAAAAAUUCUAUCAAUUGCUAUCCGGAAACGUCGUGAGUUGCUUGAAGAAAAGGAUGUGGAUCUUCGACGAGAAAUUCAACAUAAAUCUAUGAUUCAGACUUUGUGUAAAGAGCUGGGUGAUGCUCGUGCCAAGAAACGUCGAACCAGACGCAAAUCGAAGAAGGGCAAGAAGGAUGACCAAUAUGAACAAUUGUUUGAGUACGAAUCAGAAGAAGACGCUGUGUCAACGUCAAAAUCUGGCCAAACAUCCCAAGGAGCUGAAGACACGCAAUAUACUGGAUAUUUUUCGAAAUUUGAGAGUUACAGCCACAAAACGGAGGAUUAUGUGGGUAAGACAAACGAGUAUACCUACAAAGCUUCAGAAUACGCAUACACGUACUCUCAAGCCUCAUCUGGCUACGAUUCUGGCUAUAGCUCGCCAUCAUGCAGCAAGGAAGAUUGGGACGCGUUGGGGAUUCAUCAGGACGAUCAAUGCGUGCAGGUAAACAACUAUUCAUAUAGUUCAUUUUCCGAUCAUCAAACUUCAACAGCUGUUCAUCAAGCGUUAUCUGGAAUUAACGGAGUCUCUGGCUUUAAGGAGGUAAGAUUUUGAUUUGUGUUUUUUGAUUUUAGAAAGAAAAGAAGAUAAUUUUGAGAUUUAAAGGAUGUUGUAGUAGGUGGACUCGUUAUUUUGAUGAUUUUUUGGAAAUAGAAGGUUAUGGAGUGCUAAAUUAGUUUUAGUAGCUUGAUAAGAUAUUGAAGAAAGUGUUUUAACAUGGUUUUAAGUUUAUAGUUUUAAAGGUUUUGUAAAAUCACGGUUUUUCUGAUGUUGUAGUAGGUGUAUGUAGUUAACAUGAAAAUUUAGAUAAUUUUUGGGUAAAAUAUACUUCUAUUAGUUUGCGGUCAGUUUUAUAAGUUGCUUAGAGGUCUGACGAAGCUUUUAAGUUGUUUUUUGCAAACAUUAGCAUCAAUUUUUGAUUGUUUGAUUAAUUAUAUUAACCAUGAUACCUAUCUUUGAAAAUUUUAAAAUACUAAGAAAAACCACUUUAUAUAACCUUUGUAUGUAACUUACAGUUAAAAUUUUAGAACGACGACCCAUACUCAGGCUACUCCGCCUUCUGGGAGCCAUCAACGUCUUCAGAAUCGUCGUCAAGUGCAAGUUGGGACAACACUAACUGUAAUUUUAGUUACCCGACUGACUUUUCCGCUCUAAAACCGGUCGAGAACGAUGGAUAUCAACACAGCAACGACCUUACACCCUUGAAACCCAUGAAAAGGCCAUCACGAUGGGAUGCCGAAUGUGCUGUGGAAGCAAAACAAUCCAGAUUGGAGCUUUUACAAGGUUAAUAUCUUAUUCUAGACCUCUUAUCGAAUUUUUUAAAUUAAAUUUAUUAUUAUCAGGUUAUAAAUGGCCUUCUAGUUGAGAUAGAAGGCCUUACACGUCAUAUCUUGUUUAUAUUGUGUCUCUAUUCUGGUCUUUCAAGUGCAUACAACUGAAUUUUAAUUUUAGAACCCCAAUUCGUUGGCAUGGGACGUUUUGCACAGUGCUGCUAUUAA